AUGGGAAUCGCCACCGAGUUUGACAGUGUGGUGUAUGUGUGUGAUGCGCAAACAAACAGCAUCAAACUACUGAGCAAAAUAAACCAUUGUGCAAAGUUCCUUAGGGCAAUUGGCGCAAUCUACGAAGCUUUCUCUGUCCAUAACAAGGGUGGUUCGUAUGAAAAGAAGACAACCGAAGAAGCCAUUGGUUUGGUUCGCCAUUGCAAAACUGUACUUGAAGAGCAUGCAUAUCAAAUACGUGCUGAGAGUAACAUCACUGGCGCCCUAAAUGGUCCCCAAGGUCAUGUCUCUGCAAAAACAGUAAACUCUGUCAAAUUAAUGGAAUGGGGACUAGGAAGACUAACAGACAUUCUAGGAGAGUAUGACUACAAGGCUCUUGAUCUUUUAAGCUGUAUGACUUUAGACGUUGAAAAUUGCCAUGCCACUGUUCAUUCCAAGAAAGUGAACAUGUCUAAGCUCGAAUAUGCUAGGUCGUUUGGUGCAACAAUGAAGGAGGGCGUCAAACGUGCUACAAGCUGGGCUGCGUACUAUCACACCAGUCGAAGGUCCUGGAACCCAAAGCCUGACACAACAGUGUCUCUUCAUAACGUACCGUUGAUGAUGCCUCUGUCUGUUGUCAGCCUUCAUGCAAAUGACUGUGACCUCUUACGCAACUGGGCCUCAGCAUAUGGUGCUGCAGUAAGACAAAGGACAGUGCGGCAGAAAACUACAAUGGCUAAGCACGGAACAUUGCCAGAGUAUCUUUAUCAACACCAUCUCGAAGUUGGUGAUAAGGUUAAUAUGAACUUCAGAGUUGAUGAAGAUGAAGGACCCCAUGGAGAUCUGAACGAGCGUGAAGUGAGUGAGGAAGCUAGUGUCUCUAGCAAAGGCCAGCAAGAAUUUGAUGAAAGUAGUGACGAAGAAGUUGAAGUCAGUGCAGAUGACAACAAUUCUCAGACAACAAUUCUCAGGGCCAGCAACAUGAAUUAG